CGGGAACGCCGUUCAACGUGGAGGAACCGUUCGAGGCCUCUCCACGGAUGCAUGCGUCUUCGGGGGCGCUGAAAAAAAAGCUGGAACUUUUUCCUCGACUCGCUUCUUUUCCAGCCUCGUCGGCCUUCGUCGAUGUGCCUCUCGGCCUUUGUCGGAGUUGUAGAAAACGCAUCUUCAAGGCUCUCGCCGCUUCUGUCUUUCGUCUCUCCGCAGCCGCCACAAAGCCUCGCGUUGCAGAGGAAAGGGAGAAAUUCAGGCUUCGCGCCUGCCGUCUCCGCUCGGAGACUCUUGAUGAAAGAAUCCGCGGAGAAGGAGACCCGCACAAGCAAAAAAGAGGCGAGAAAUGAGACAGCGGCAAGCGGCGGGGACAGGAGCGAAAUGAGAGGAACCAACGGACCAUGUUUCUCUGUUUAGGAGACCUUCACUUUCUCUCGGGGAGGCGUCGACGCUCGGAGCUCAGGAGUCUGUCGAGCGCAAGAAUACAUUGUACGGGGGUGACAUUUGUUCGGCAUCAUUCGCAUUCUUCGUUCUCUGUGUCGCACCGUCACCUUCUUCAUUUCUCACUCAUUCUCUCGCGUUUCUGCUUCCUCGUCUUGGUCCUUGAGCUCUCUCUGUGUGCAGCUGAGAGCCGCUGCUGCAGCUAUGUCUGCAGUCUUUCCUUCUUUGUUUUAGAUCCCUUACGCCAGCCGUUUUCCUCAGGUGAAGAGUCUCUGAACCUUCUCUCUCUCGCGGCCCGAGCAGAGGACCCCCUCUCUUCUUUUUCUUCUUCGUUUUUCUCUUCUCUCUUCUCCCCUCCGUUUUCUCUGCACUCCUUUGCCGGCCGCCUCGCGCCUGUCUUGCGUGCUCUCAGGUCAACUGAGCAGGGCGAGACUGCUCACUUGCUUUCCUCUUCCAAGUGACGCUUGAAGAUCCAGAGCAGGUCUGCGUUUUCCGGCUCGUUCCCCUGCUUCGCUCUCUUGUCUUGCGUGAUUCUCGGAAAGAAAUCGACGGCAGGGCGUCCCCGUCUUUCCAUGCAGCUGGACGGGCAGCACCGUCUUCGCGUGUCUUUGCUCCCUCGUUCCCCGUCGAAAGUUUUUCGUUUUCUUUUUUUCCUUCGGACUCUCUAGUCUCGUCUUUCAAGAAUCCUCCGUGGAAAACCAAGUCGUCGCUUCCGGUCUCUUCACGACACCAAGCGUCGUCCCCAGUUUCCAAAGAAGACUCGCUCUGCCUCAGAGCUGCUCGGCUUUUCCUUCGUGAGUUGUGUGAAAUCACUUUCUCCUUCGCGGUCGCACCGGCUCCCCGGUAGCUCUUCCGCAGCGACGACGCGGCUUUCUCUCUGCGUCCUUUCUCGCGAGAAGAACCAACCUCCCGCCAGUCUCCUGCCAGGCCCCGCGGCACCGGCCGAGCCGUCUUCGCUCCAGCGACUUCGUCAGAGGCGAGCCGAGAGCCGGUGCGAGACGCCUGCGGAGUUUUUCCAGCACUACUCACCCGCGCCGCCGCCCUGGAGGAGACACUUGUGGGGAAGGCCCUCGCUUUCCGCGGGCCGCCUCCAAGGCCCAGCAGAGCAGUCGGCUGAGGCACAGGCCUUUCCGGUCCGAGGCAAGGAGAUACUUGCGGCAGACCCCCGCAGAGAGUCGGCGUGAGCGCGUCAGCUCGGCAUCCCUGGAUGUCUGUCGACGCGGAAAAAAAGGCGAGUUGAAGCCCGUUGGUACAGACGAUCGAGCUCCAUCCUUCUCUCUCUACACCUGGUCGAGGGUCGAUCUGUAGACCAAAGACUCGCGCGUCUGUCCUGCUCUUUCACCACUGAAGAUCGAAACAGAGAAGUUGCCGCAUUUGCUCCACACCGAACAGCAGCAAGAACGUGAAGGACGAGGCGACGCAACCUUAGAGCGCCGCAGGAGCUUGCACUUCAACGUUUUUAGGGCAGACGGACUCGCCGUAUAUGGAGGGAGACGCAUCGAGGAUCUGCAGCGAUGCAGGGCCGAAGUGAUAAGCGGGGGACCUCGCCCUCUGGAGGCGGAGGCGCGAAGAAGGGAGAGAGCAGGGAGACAGGGACUUUCUCUGUCGAGAAGGAUCCGUGGUUGCCGUCGUCGUCGUAUUCUGAUUCUUCGUCGGAGUCCGCGUCUCAGCCUCGGGUGCCUUUGUCUGGUAGUUGCCAGCGUCCCUUUGCUUUUUCGUCUCGCCCCUCUUCGCAUUCGUCUCUCUCUCGUUCCGGCAACUUCUCUCGGUCGCGCGCGGCAGGUUCCUUCUCCUCCCAGUCUCCUCAUUCCUCGCGCUCCUCUUUGAACGCGUCCAACGCUGCGGCGCGGAACUCUUCGUUGGCGUCUCCUCGUCCUGCGCACAGUUCCUUCUCUUCUCGCCACUCCUCUCCUUUCUCUCGUCCUUCCGCUGUGCGGCCUUCACGACCUUCUGCAACUUCGGGAAGUUCUUCGCGGUCUUCCUCUUCUGCUUCCUCAUCGGCCGCCUCAUUGUCGUCCUCUGCUUCGUCUUCCUCUUCAAGUCAGUCUUUUCCGAGACAGUCUCGGCGAGUCUCGACCUCGCCUCUCCCUCCGGUGCGCGAUGUGCCUUGUUCGAAUUCAACAUUCUUUUCUUCUGCAUCACCCCAGGGGUUUCCCUCCUCGAGAAAUCGACAAGAGCAGCGCGCCUCUCCUCGCUCUCCGCGGUCAACCUUGUCGCACUCUCGUUCGCCGCCUGCGCGCCGAGGCAAAGAGGACGCGCUGGACUUGUCGUCUCCACCUUCUUCGCAGAUAAGCGAGGAAGGAACAAGAGAGCGAACCGGCAAAGAGGCAAUCCGCUGCUCGCCCAACAGCCCCCCCGGCGGCCACAAAAGAGACGAAGAGAGUGAACGAAGACGAGAAGAGCGAAGACGGGAAGGAGAAGAUGAAAUAGGAAGCAGAGAAGAAGAGCGAGGGCGUGGGGUUGAGGUUAGAGACAGAACAGAAGAACCGAGAAAAGGAGGAGACGAAGAGAGAGAAAGAGUGGACGGAAGAAGCAAGUUUGCAGAGGAGGAGAAGAGACGUCAGGGAGAAGAACGUGUGUUGAGCUGCGACGGCGCAGGAGAGAGAGGGAGAAGCGACGGAGAAGAGACCUCCGCAGAGAAGAGGGAAGCAAAGGAAGAGACAGCUCUGAAGACAGACCAAGACGCACCGCGAGAAAGAAAAGAGAAGGAUGCGGGAGGAGCAAGAGAGAAGAGUCCAGGAGACAGAGAAGGAAGAGGAGAAGGAGUAAGACGCCCCGGAGAGGAGCCACGAGAAACGACUGGAAAACGAACUGAGCAUGAAGAGAGUGCCACCGGACGCGAUGGUGGAGCGAACGAGAAGAAAGAGAAGAGAGAGGAGGCACAGAAGAAAGAGAAACCGAGUGACAAGAAAAGUCGACCUCUCAGAGAGCGAGGCGGCCGCAAGAGCUGUGAAGAAGGCAAAGGAGACGACGAAACACAAAGUCGACUGUCGCUUUCUUCUCGGAUUUCGACCAGAGAGCCUCGAGCACUUGCAGUCCACCAGUGGAUAGGCGCGCGGCUUGGUCACAGUUUUCAUCCUGGAAAAAUCAUCAGCAUCCGCUCGAUUCAUUCGCCGGCUUCUUCGCUGCCUUUCCCGAACUCCCCUGCGCGCCGCCAGCGGCAACACCGCGGCGGAAGAACCUGUCCUUCGUGCUCGAAGUAUAUGCCUGGCGACUCCGCGUCUCCAGUCUGUCGGCGCUGCGGGGGUGUGGCGCCGACCCUGGGCGCUGGCCGGCGGGCGGAGGCGCCGGAGCUUGGGCGCGGGGCCCGAGGGCCAUCCGCGCGCGCAGAAGCGAGCCCAACUAGCUGCGGCUCCACGACCGCGGUCGGAGGGGCGCCGAAGACGCCAGACGGCGGACCAGCGCCCGGCGAAAAAGGCGACCGCGAGCGGGUGGCGGAAGUCGAGAAACCGCAUCACUACGAAUACUACGUCCACUACCGCCACACAAACAGACGCUUGGAUACAUGGCUGAAGUUCGACGACCUGCGCCCCAUCACACCGGACGGGCAGGUGCUCGAGUUCCCCGCAGUCGAGAGCAGACGAAGGCGACGAAAGCGAAGACGCGACGCAGACGAGGACGACGACUCAGGCGACGAGACAGAGCCUAAGCGAAGGAGACACGACCGAGACGAAGACGCGGCGCUCAGUGACGUGGAAAACGAAAGAGACGAAGGAGAGAGCUCGGACCGCGACGCGGAAGACGAGGAAGACAGUGACUCGGAGAUGCUGGACAAGCUCGCGAUGUUCGACCCCAGUGUACAGUUUUCAGAUCACGACGAAGAAGCGGCGAAGGAGCACGAAGGCAUGGAUUUGGCCACCCUCCAGGCGCAUGAAGAAGCGACGAAAAUCAAGACGAUUCGGCAGAUCCAGUUCGGGCCGUUUCUCCUCCAAACGUGGUAUUUCUCGCCGUACCCUGCCCAUGUACAAGACGCAGAAGUUCUUUACGUCUGCGAAUUCUGCCUCUCGUUCUUCCGCCAUGCCAGCGAACUCUCCACCCACAACCAAAGAUGCAUCCUCAGACAUCCUCCCGGCGACGAAAUCUACCGGGAAGGAAGACUCUCCGUCUUUGAGGUGGAUGGCAGUGUUGCUCGCGUUUACAGCGAAAACCUCUGCUUCCUUGCCAAGCUCUUCCUUGACCACAAGACACUCCAAUACGACGUCGAGCCGUUCCUCUUCUACGUCCUCACUGAGGUCGACCGAACGGGGUGUCACCUGAUUGGCUACUUCUCCAAGGAAAAAAUUUCCCUGCAAGCGUACAACCUCGCCUGCAUCUUGACGAUGCCUCAACAUCAAAGAAAGGGAUACGGCCGCUUCCUCAUCUCCUUCUCGUAUCUCCUUUCGCUACGAGAGAAGAAGAAGGGAGGACCGGAGCGCCCCCUCAGUGACCUUGGCCGCCUCAGCUACAUCGGCUGGUGGACUUGGUGUCUCCUCACGCACAUGGAGAGCGACGCACAGAAGCGAAGGAGGAAAAUAUCCAUCGAAGAUUUGGUUCGGAACACAGCAGUCCGGGAGGAAGAUAUCCAAAGGACUCUUGAGGAAAUCGGCGUUCUUCGGUAUGUUCAAGGUCACCACCUGCUUCUUCUUCACCCGGAUCUGGUGAAAACGCGGCUCAAAGAGGCAGGUUCGGCGGGCGUAUUAGUCCACGGAGAGAACCUGCGCUUCGUCAGUUACCACCGGACUCCCCCUGCACCUCGCGAAGCUCUGCCGCCGCCGAGGCGGGGAGAAGAAGACUGAGUGGGGACCGUCGCGAGACCUUGCAGUUAACCAGGAAAGGAUGCAUAGACGGCGUCUGUGCUCAGAGAAACGGCGCUCCUCAAAGAAAAGAAACUACGGCGUCUGCGUACCGUCAGAGGCGAACGGAAUGACAGAGUGCGUCCGAGGUGGACGAGCUUUGCGGCUUUGUCACUCUUCAUUUUUCUACCGUGACUCCUGCUGAGUCGAUACGGGAUGAAGGCGCUGCUUCUGCUGCUGCACAAAGCUCAAGAGACGUCGAGUCCAGACGGGGAGACAGAGAGAAACCUCGAAGCCGAUGCCGGUGCAUGCGUUGACGACAGAGGGGAGACACGGAGCCUUAAGGAUCCAAGAGACACACAGAGAGAAACACAGUCAGAAUGACUCAGACCUUCUUUCGUUCGUCUAUCUGAUUAGUGGAUGGAAAAAUAGCGGAGAGCGGCAGACCUACGGAGGCUCAAGAGAGAACAACACCACCGAAGAACAAGAGAUUCAGCAACGAAUCCUUGAAGGGAAACCGAGGCUGGAACCCUCAGAAAAAGAAGAAGAGACAAACCAUUGACAAAAGGCAGAGGGAGACGAGCACCAGUGUAAAACGGUCGUACAAAUUUACACCUCACACCGUAACAGAUAGACGGACAAUAGUGCAUAUAUACUCCUGUGCAUAUAUACAUAUAUAUAUAUAUAUAUAUAUUUAUAUAAAUACACAUACAUCGGUCUACUGAUGGAUUUACUAACGUUUCUGGAGAACUGAGGAAGCGCGCAAGGGGAUGUUUGCCAACGCAUUCCAUGCUUGAGACAGAGCCCUGUCUGAACGCAGGCCAAUGGCUUCAUGUAGGACCUAGGCGAGAGCUCUUUAUUUUUGCGUGUGGGGUCGUUUUGUUUGUGGAGAGAUGCAUGCAGUGACGCGUUUCCAUACGCUCUCACUCCUGCGGAUUCCGGUAAUGUCCCCGUCAGUCCCUCCAUCGCGAUGUAUGAAUGUAACGAACUUCAUAUUUGUACAUCCCUCACAUAUAUAUAUAUAUAUAUAUGUGCAAGAAGGGAACUGUGUUUUUAAUGACAGUGUAGGCUUUGCGUUGGAAUCAGUGAGAGGGAUUGCGGUGGAGCACAGUGUCGGGGUCGCAGCUUUUGAAGGCUCUUUUCGAGGAAGUUCGGGGCUGUCGUCUGGCCGGUUGUGUACCCGUAUGCACCUAUUUAUCCCUCUCGACUUUCAAGGAUGAAUGCCAAGCGAACAACGCGUGCAGUCAGUCGAUGGAAAGGGAGACGGGAAGGAAAGGCGAGAAAGGCAGAGCAGAAAGAAAGGCCUGAAGAAGAGCGGGGCGUUACGAUUUGACGAGACGGAGAGAAGAAGGCACAGCGAUGUUGGAAGAACCAUCUGGGGAUAAAAAGUCGGGGACAGAGAGUGAGAGAGACAUGAGAAGUGCCACUCAAAGAAGCAACGCUCGAUGACCUCAUUCGCGGAUGGCCUCUCGUUUUUUCGUCGCUUCUUCGAGCUUCUUGUUCACCUUCCGUCUCCGACUCUCUGCAUCGUCUCUCGUGUUCUCGGUUUUUGCGAGUCGCGACUUGGAGUCUCGAGGCAGUUUUUGUUCUUCUUUCCUUUCCGUUACCUGUCGCUCGCGAUGUGCUCUCUUCUCGCGGCACCAGGGCGUUCCGGCAACCAGGCGAGGCCUCGGGCGCCUCUAGACGCGCGGUUGUGUGUCUCAGAAAGCAGUUGCCAUGUUCUCCUUUCUGAGGAAAACAAGCCUUCUUCGACUUCGGUCCGGUUCGCCAGCCGCUAGAAUAAAACGCGAGACUACAGUGGACGAGAAAAGAGAGAGUCGAUUGUAGGGAACAGGAGCAACAAAAGAGAUUUGAAGUACCAGUCAUGUAACA